AUGGAUGGAGUGCAGCAGGCAGUGAAGGAGAACAUGGACAGGGGUGCAGCGAAUCUGACAAAGAACAACACAGCACUGAUUGCCCUUGUUGCUCAGUUGGAGAGGCUGCAAGGGGCGCAGCAGCCAGCUGGGGGCGCAUGCCUGGAGCCCUGCCUGGACCUGGGGAAGUACCCAAUGCUGCACAGCUCUGCAUGUGUCUGCGCACACCAGGCUCUAAGCCACAUGCAUGACCUUGCGCUGCAUGCGCGAUACCUGGGCGCUGUUGCAAUAGCCGGAUCUGCAACGGUGGCAGUGGGCCUUGUCUGGCUUCUGGGACACGUGGCAUUUUGGCUCGGCGGGAUGCAUGCCAAGCACAUGAUUGUGCAGCCUACUCUUUCAUAUGAGCAUCUCCCACUGAAGAGCGCCAUUGCUAGGGACAUCAGUGAAGACAGCCUCAUACCGGCCGAGAUUGAAAUGGGAAGCACCCUCCCCCAGGACUCCAUGCAAGGUGAACAGAACAACCUUGACCUACUGUGA